ACAAAUGGUAAUUACGGUAAAGAACCCAACCCCUAUCCUGUGUGUGUGCUCGUCAUCUCGCACUCAGGGAAGGGAAAAUAGGAAAACUGUCGGGAAGGAAGAGCAGUGAACACACCUAUUAUCUAUUCUAGAUUGGUCCUAAAAGAGUGCACAGUCAAGGGGGGCUAAACUAGUCACUUUCUGCGUUAGUUUACCCAUGUGUGUGUAAUCUAGGUAAAGCUAUUUGCUGAAUAGGGGAAAUUCGACUUCACUACUCGGUCGUGCAGUGGGCUAAGAACGCCCAGAAUUGGAGUUGCAACAGCAGCAGUUGGAAAUCUGAGUCUGUUUCGAUAGGCCUGGAUCCCUGUUCAAACAACGUCUGGGGACUUGCAUGAAAACAACAAAAGAACCACCCGAAAUUGUGUGAAUGGAGCAGUGUGAGAGUGCAGCCUCUCUCCUGGCCUCCGUGCGGGAGCAGGAGCGUCAGUUUGAGCGUCUGACUCGUGCUCUGGAGGAGGAGAGGAGGUGCGGAGGCACCCUCCCACGCCCUCCCCCCAAUCUACAGAAUGGGCGUGUUUCUUGUGAUGCGGACAUAGAGAGGCUCACACUGAACGAGGGAUACGUCAACGGGACACAUUACAGGAUGGAGCCUGGUCAAGUCGUCCAGGAAACGGUUACCGUGGAGGAGGACCCGCACGAGGUGCCCCCCGUCAUCUCCGUGGAAACCAGCGAAGAUGGCACCACGCGCCGCACAGAAACUACGGUAAAGAAGGUAGUGAAGACUACCAUGACUCGUACAGUCAUCCCCUCUGUGUCUGACAACCUCUCCCUUGAUGGAGGGGGGUCUAUGACAGGUGUAGGGGGUUACACCACCCCCAUGGAGCGGGUCUACAGACAGCCAGGUCCUCCCAUGGACUACCCCACCAACACCGUGCCCCGAAACUACCACUACGGACCCCCGGGGGGGUACGAGGACUACCGCCAGGGCCCUCCCUCCAUAGGGGAGACCUACGCCAGCCUGAGCAGGGGAGCACGCAUGGACGACCGCUACAGGCCAGCUGAUGGGUACCGGACCCUGGACUCAGGAUACAGAGCCAUCAGCAGGAACCAGCUGGACCCAUACGCAGCACAGCCACAGGUGGGUCGUAUGGGCAGUGCGUUGGAGCUGUCUGGGAUGCCGAGGUUUGUCCCAGAGCCGUACGGUCUGGAGGAUGACCAGAGGAGUCUGGGAUAUGACGAGGCAGACUACGGCAUGGGACCGGCCAUCCACUACGGAACAGUACCACGCAACCAACAAGCCUUCAACCACGGACCGCCCCGCAGGACAGGGAGCUAUGAAGGGACUCUGGACGGAGACAUGAGUGGAGCAGGGGACAUGUACUACUGGGGAGGUGCACCCCUGGCCCAGGGAGAGAGGGGUAGCAUGGCCUCCUUGGACAGCACCCUGAGGAAAGGCCCCGCCACUUCCUGGAGACAGCCUGAGCUGCCGGAGGUCAUCGCCAUGCUCAACUACAGACUGGACCCCGUCAAGAGCAACGCUGCCGCAUACCUGCAGCACCUCACCUUUAAGAACGACAAGGUGAAGACAGAUGUCCGUCGUAUGAAAGGUAUCCCAUCCCUGGUGUCCAUGUUAGACAACCCUAAGAAGGAGGUCCACCACGCCGCCUGCGGAGCGCUCAAAAACAUCUCUUACGGACGAGACUCUGACAAUAAGAUCGCCAUCAAGAACUGUGAUGGAGUACCGGCCCUGGUCAGACUGCUGAGGAAGACCAGAGACCAGGAUCUGACCGAUACUAUCACAGGCACGCUGUGGAACUUGUCGUCUCACGACUCAGUGAAGAUGGAGAUCGUUGACCACGCCCUGCACGCCCUCUCAGACGAGGUGAUGGUAGCUCACUCGGGCUGGGAGAGAGGGAACGAGGCAGGAGGAGAGGAGAACCUCAAACCACGACACCUGGAGUGGGAGACGUCCCUCACCAACACAGCUGGCUGCCUGAGGAACGUGAGCUCAGAGCGCAGUGAGGCCAGGAGGAAGCUGAGAGAGUGCACAGGAUUGGUGGACUCGCUCAUGUACAUUGUCCAAUCACAGAUCAACCUGAAAGACGUGGACAACAAGCUGAUAGAGAACAGUAUGUGUCUGCUGAGGAAUCUGUCCUAUCAGGUUCACCGGGAGGUGCCGGGCGCUGAGCGCUACCAGGAAGCCAUGUCCCUCAACCAGGGCCCCGCCCCCUCCACUGGAAAGACCAACCGCUUCAGCUCCCGCAGGGGCAAAGAUGACUGGUGUUCUAAAGGGAGAAAUGAAGACGGAGCAGAUAUGAUUGACAUUCCAAAGAGGACUACACCUGCCAAAGGUUAUGAGUUGUUGUUCCAGCCAGAGGUGGUGCGUGUCUACACCUCUCUGCUGAAGGAGAGUAAGAACCCCACCGUGCUGGAAGCCUCCGCCGGAGCCGUGCAGAACCUGUGUGCCGGACGCUGGACCUAUGGGCGGUAUAUCCGUGCGUUGUUGCGUCAGGAGAAGGGUCUUCCCAUGAUGACAGAGCUGUUGGCCCAUGGCAACGACCGGGUGGUUAGGGCCAUGUCUGGAGCUCUGAGGAACCUGGCUAUCGACGCUCGCAACAGAGACCUGCUCGGUAAACAUGCAGUCCCCCACCUGGUAUCCAACCUGCCUGGUGGGGGUCAGAGCCAGCCUGUGAGGGCUCUGUCAGAGGAGACGGUGGUGUCUGUACUGAGCACCCUUCAUGAGGUUCUGGGCUCCAGCCUGGACGCUGCCAAGAUCCUCAGAGCCUCGCAGGGCAUCGAGAGACUGGUGCUCAUCAAUAAGGAUGGGAACCGGUCAGAGCGAGAGGUGCGUGGUGCCGGCCUGAUACUCCAGUUAGUUUGGGGCUAUAAAGAGUUGAGGAAGACCCUGGAGAAGGAUGGCUGGAAGAAGACAGACUUCAUGGUGAACCUCAACCCACCCAACAGCACCCAGCCCCGGGUCAACGGAGGAUAUGAAGACAGUACGCUGCCACUCAUAGACAGGGGAGGAGGAGACAAGAGAGACAUGAUUCCACUAAAUGAUAUGGGACCAGAUGCCUACUCCACACUGGACCAGAGGGGGAGGAAGAACACUCUGGACAGAACACUGGAGCCUGCUGACAAAGACACAGCACAGGGAGGGCUGUAUGAGGAGAGGCGGGACUCUGUUCCUCUCAUGGACUCUUAUGACGGUUAGGCCACACCCCCCCACACACUGCAUGUGAGCGCAUGAGAAACUGAUAGUGUGCAUCACUAGAAGAGAGCAGCCUCUACCGGCCUACUGCCCCUGCUGAACCUCUGGACACUCACUGAGGGACCACUGACUCCACUAGAACUGGACUCUCUCCUUCUGUGUCUCUUUUUCUCUUUCCUUUCUCUCUUUUUCCUCUCUCCUCUCAAUUUCUUAAUCUUCUUUCCCUCUUAUCUCUCUCGGGGUCUGUGACAUAAGCCACUUGCAUGACCUUCAGCCUUCCUCACCUCCCUAGCUCUCCCUCAUUCCUCUAUUUAGACUGUGACUUUUAGCCACUAAAGGAACACUAUGGACUCCUGACAUCCCUCUUCUACCUGUCGACACUACUAUGACAUAAGACCACUUCUAAUUUAGUAACUCCUCCCACCACAGUGACACACUAACCCCCAACACUACACUAACUCCUCCCACCACAGUGACACACUAACCCCCGACACUACACUAACUCCUCCCACCACAAUAGGGACAGUUGUGACUUCAUCUGGGAACUGGGAACGUUCACCACCACAGUAACAAAGCUAAUCAAAAGGGAACUGUUGGAAUGGUUCAAACUGUAACUGAACUUAAACUGACAACCCCCUUUUUUUACUGGAAUGGUUCAAACUGUAACUGAACAUAAACUGACAACCCCCUUUUUUUACUGGAAUGGUUCAAACUGUAACUGAACAUAAACUGACAACCCCCUUUUUUUACUGGAAUGGUUCAAGCUGCAUUUCUACAAGUGAUUGUGAAGAUUUCCAGUUUUCUUCUUGUGAUAACUAAUUACCACUAAACUUCUGUUACCCAACAAAGAAUCAAUGUUUGUUGUUCUACCGCCGGUGUUUCUUCGGUCUUUGUUUGAGGUGUGAUUGCUGAGUUGUGGUUCUGACUACAGUGAUGAACACGUGCCAAGCUACACACCACUAUUGCAGUAACUUUCUACUACAGAGUAUUUCUGAACGCUACUUCUCUUCUCAGAGCCAUCUGUUGUGAUGUUCUAGUGUAUAUGACAUCAUUGGGUGAUGUCAGACAGGCACUGGUGUGCCAUUGGGCAGUGUUGUGGGAAAGUAAGUAGCUUGACGACCACUUUUAACAUUUUACACAUGGGUCUUGCGUCACAGAACAUUCUUGAUCGUCUGUUCUGCAGAUUAUAUUUCUAUGAUUUUCAGCCAUGUAUAAUAGACCAGUGAACCGUUUCGGCUCUAUUCAAUACAUUUCUAUCUGUGUGGCUCUUUAGCGUCAUUGUUAUACCCCCUUUCUCAACUCGCUCUGGUUCUAAUGGUUCUCCUGAAGCUAUGGGAGAAACCACAGAUUUGAUUGUUGAUCCAGUGACUGCAUUUCUUUCAAUCUGCAAAUCUCUAUAUAUAUGAAUGUGUAAAUAUGUGAUCGCCUUCAACUACGUCUGUGUGGCUCAUGGCUAACUGGAGUGCCUCGUUCGUUGGUGUUUUUAAGGUGGGAUGGGGGUUUUCCCUGGGGGUAUCAUUCACUAGCAGCAACAUUCCAGAACAUUGAAUCCAAAUGGAAUGUAUAGAACAGUUUUUUGUUGUGUUCCGCAUAAUAACACAAUGGAAUGUAUAGAGUUGAUAUGAUUGAUGCUCUGCAUAUGGAACAGAGAGAACCAUUCUAGUGCCAUACGUUCCACGUCAGACUGGAGUGUUCCAGCCUACUGAACCUACGCCUGGGUGUCCAUCUACCCUGCUGGACUGGCUGGUGUCCAUGGAGACCACAGAACACUAAGAGGGGAGAGGACACAUUUAGCUGGUUGUUUCCCUGCAGACAGAGUUCCUUUAGUACCGUAGAUGACAUUAUUAUUCUCAGUGCAGAGUAAGAUGUAGAUAUUUUCUCAGUAGAUUAAAGCACUAGGGGUAAAAGCGUUUCUUGGUUCCUUUUGAUUAUUUUCAUGCCAAUCCAACACUACAAAUGGUCAGUCUCAGAAAAAUGUAAAUGAGUUGCCUUGUAACCAGAUAGUCCUAGAAUGAGAUGAUCUAGAACUGAUACAGGAAAUGAUGUGGGAGUGGAAUCCAAUGGGAAAGUGGGACUAAAGAGGGGCGGAGCAUAAAAUUAAAUUAGCAAGAUUUGUAUAAGUGCAAAGACCUGAUUUUGAUUCUAGUUGCUAUUUAAAAAAUAAAUAAAAUAAAAAGCAAAUUUAACUAUAUAUAGAAGAUAAAUAUUUGUUAAUUUUACUGGUUUUAUGUAUUGUUUUUAUAUUUUAUGAUUUGGGUUUAUUCGUCUUGCAGGUAUUGUGGGUGAACGCAUAUGCAAUCAGGUUUAUUUUUGAAUUGAGAAACAUUUAUGGUUAAUAUAUUUUAAUUGUAGAGAAAACAAGCAAAACACAAUGUAAAAUCAAUUUUACAUUCCAAAUGGUCCCAUAUUCCCAAUAUAGUACACUACUAAAUGGCCUGAUAUGGCUCUGGGUGAAAGUAGUUAACUAUAUAGGGGACAGGGGGACAUUUAGGAGACAGUCCAACUCUCAAUUUCUGUCAACAGUUUAUUAUUGGACCGCUGAUCUAAAAUGUGAUUCUGGAUGAAAACCUUAAUCUCUUCUUCUAUGCCUUGGCUCUUAAUGUUGCACAUUUCUCUCAUGAAUGGAAUAUGUAACAAGCAAUACUGUUUAUAAUAAAUAAAAUAAAAAGUGCUUUUUUCAAUA